CCCUCCCAACUACCCACAUUCCCUCCAACGUCUCUCUCUCUCUCUCAGCCCAAGAAAUCUGAAGGCCGGGAAAAAUGGCGGAGAUGGAGGAAGGCCUCCGUGACCCAGAGCAGCAAGAAGAGGAGCAGCCAUGGGAGGAAAGAACUCUAAGCCGCCUCCAAGACUCCAAGAUCGAUCAAGGUCCCCCUUUCCCCAUGUUUCCACCCCCUUUCUUUCUUUCUUUCUUCCAUCUUGAUUCUUUGAUGGCGCUCUCUCUUUCCUUUUGGCGGGUUUCCAGAGCUCUCCGGGGCGAAGGAGCGGAAAGAGUUGGGGGCAAGAAGCACAAGGUGAAGUGGAUGAAGAGGCCAAUGACCAUGCCCCAGGCCAUCAUCGAGUUCCUCGACGAAGAUCUUAGGGAGAACGCCUCCAGAUACCUAAGCAACUACCUCGUCGAGAUGGCAAGUUAGGGCUUCAAUAGAGAAUUUUGAUGAUUUGCUGCUAUAGGAAUCUCUUAUUGCCUUUCUCUUGAAUUAGUAACCGUUUUAUUUAAUGAAACUGAAGGAUGUAAAACUGUCUUUUCAUUUGCUCCAACAGUUCUCGAUGUUGCAGAAUCUAUGUAGUUCUUUGUCGCAUAUUGUAAGUGUGCUUCCAAUAUCUUAUACAUUGAUUGAUUAUGAGGUUGUCCAUCAUACUUUUGGUACCUAUGAGUGUCUAUGUGCUUUACCU